AUGGCGGGAGAAAAAUAUAAUGACAAGCGUAACAUAUGUAAUAAAGCAUUGCUCUUUGACAAUGCAUCAAGCCACCCAGUAAAUUUAAAUGAUCGUUCUGAUAAUGUGAGAGUGGAGUACAUCCCCAAGAACACAACUUCCUUGCUCCAGCCAAUGGAUCAAGGUGUGAUAGCUAACUUUAAGGCAUAUUAUCUUUGGAAAACUUUUUUGCAGCUCAUAAAAGCAAUUGAUGGGAAGGAUAAACCUACAAUUAGGGACUUCUGGAAAAAGUUCAACAUCUUGGAUGCUGUGGAUAAUAUAGUCGAGUCAUGGGAUGAAGUGAAAACCUCAGCUAUGAAUGGUUCAUGGAAAAACAUAUGGCCAGAGUGUGUCCAUGAAUUUCAAAGUUUUUCACAAGCUGAAAGUCUACAGAAAGUUCAACAAGACAUUGUGACACUUGCAAAUAAUAUAGGCUUUGAAGAAGUCGUGGAAAAUGAUGUGGUUGAGUUGCUAGAGUCCCAUAGAGAAGAUUUGACAAAUGAAGAUCUGAUGAUGCUGGAACAAGAGCGAGCUGCAGGACAAGGAAAGGAUAUAGAAUCUCCACCCACCGCACUUCAGUUGACUACAAAGGAUAUGUCUAAAGCAGUUGCACUAAUAGAGGAAG